AUGGUCUUCGCCUGGAAAUCCGCUGGUUUGACUUACAACCGCUACCUGGCCGUCGCUGCUCGCGCGGUCCGCCGGUCCCUCAAGGACGAGGCCCGUGUCGUUGCUGAGCGCCGUGGAAACAUGGACCUGCGUUUCGCCAAAUGGGAGAACGGCAAGCAGGGCGACGUUAAGAACCUUGGCGAAGCCAACGACCAGGCUCUCGCCGCCAAUGCCGAAUCGAAAUAA